GUGGCGGCAGCUAACUGAUAAGCAGUCGAAAAACUUUGUACGUUCAGCUCAGUUCAGCUCAGUUCAGUGGUAUUUCCGUAUACAUACAUACUCAACAAUCUACAAAAUAAUAUUCUUUCCUGAUAGAAGAAAAAAUAUGGCGUCAGAAAAUAUUCAGUCCGUUACCACUUCUUCUCAAGUAUACUCGAAAGCAGAAAUAGCUAAACACAACAAUACCAAUGACGUCUGGGUUAUCAUUAACCGUAAAGUGUACGAUUUGACUACGUUUCUGCGUAAGCAUCCAGGAGGAGAAGAAGUUAUUUUGGAAGUAGCUGGUCAAGAUGCGACAGAGCCUUUUGAGGAUAUUGGUCACUCUAGUGAUGCUAGAGAGAUGAUGAUACCUUAUAAAAUUGGAGAACUUGAAGAAGGGGAAGAGGAAACUACCUGUGACCCAAAUGUAGUACUCAAUGAAGACAAUUCCAGUGGUUCUUGGAGAUCUUGGCUGAUACCAAUCGCACUUGGAGUUUUGGCAACUCUUGUCUAUCGUUACUUUAUUAAAGCACACUGAAUCAUUCCUGAUAUUUAUUUUUUGUAAUUUGUAUUAUACAUGGAUGAUUGUUAUCAAUGAGAGGAUAUUACGUAUAUUGCACAUUAUUAUAAUUUUUUUAUAUCAUGGAAUUCCACAUACAAGCUGGCCUAGCGCAACAAGAUAUACAAAACUGAAGAACUUAUUUGCUCGAAUGAAGACAGGGAGUUCAUGCAUAUAUAUUACGAUUCGGGGAACAUAAUGAGAUGCUAUGUAUGCUAAAUAGUAGACAGUAAAAAGAAACACUAUUGAAGGUGACAUGAAACAAUGAGGAUAAAAACGGAACGUUAACGAGAGCAUAAACCUAAGACGUUAACAGGAGAAUACUGUAUACAGAUUUAUAUAAUAUAAAUGUUUAUAGAAUACCAGUAAACUGACAACAAAUAGAAGAACACAUUUCUUUAUCUUACGUCAUUGCAUAGAACUUCCUCAGAAAUGAAAGGAUGGAAGAAGAGAUACAUAAAUUGAACGAAACAGUGAAUUCAAAACGAUUUUUUACUCAUACAAGUGCUCUUACAUUCAGUAUAAAAAGUCACACGUAACGAAAAUGAUAAAAUAAGUUAAAGAAACCGAAAAAUGUCCCGAAAAGUAGUGGUGCAUUUAAAAAUAAAACAUAUUAAUGAAUAUUCAUUGUAAAUUUUUGUGUAUUGUAUAAAUAAACUACUUUUUGUUAUGUUUCUUGGA